AAUACAUAUCUCUGACUUCUCUUUUUCUUCUAUCUUGGCGAACUGUAGUAGUUCUAGUCCUGCGCCCUUCAAUGCUGAACUGAAUUUCCAAGCUUGUUUGUGAAGAUUGCUUUAAGGUCUUGUCUCGUUUCGUGUGUUAAUGUUAAGGGUUUUGGAGUGGGUACCAAACCUGGUGAAAGGGGAUAUUUUGCUGAUUGUGUUAACACUUCUUUUGUGCACUUGUCUUCGAUAACACUCUGCUAUUACGUAUUUAAUGUGUGUUACUGAAGUCCAGUCCCGAUCCACACUCCAGUCCAAUUGGUGGCGGUAAUGCGCCAUGUCCUUGUUUGUCAACCGCACAUGAAGAAGAAGACGACGAAGAAACGUAAUUUCCGGGAUGCGAUACUAUCGGUACCUGGCGAAAUUGUAGCUUUUGGUAAUUGCCCACGCUGUGACUUAAAGCUACUUUUGUGAGAGAUUUAAGAGAGUGUCUGUCAGGAGAGAGUAAUUUCUAUGUGUAUAAGGUGUUAACGUAAGUCUACCUACACCUCCUCCACCAAAAUGAAGAAAAGGAGCUCAGAGAAAAAACGCCAUGUGGUAGCAUGGGUCAACAAAGCUGAGUGGGACCAGGUUCUGGAGUAUCUUUACUCCAAGGAUUCCGCCUUACAGAGGUUUGCACUGCAGAGGAUAUCAGCUUGGAAAUGCAGAUAUGCCAACAGCUGUCCUGUGGCGGUGGACUGCACAGCGGACCUGGUACGGUGCCAGGUGCUGGACCGGUCGGGACAGCUGGACGGAGGUGAUCUGGUCCUGCUUUAUGGAGCGGCUCUGGUGAGAUUUGUCAAUUUAAUCACCGAGCGACAGCAGGGAAGAACAGCCCGACCACUGAGGCGGCUUGCUGGGAACUUGAACAUCCCGGAGUGGGUUGUAGACCUGAGGCACGAUUUCACACAUCGGAAGCUCCCCACCCUGAAAUGGUGUAGAAAGGGAUGUACGGUGGUUCUGGAGUGGCUCCAGCACGAGUACUGGUCCAGGCAGUUGGGAGGAGGGCCUAAUGAGGACUGGGAAUCACAGUCAGAUGGAGAGGACGAUGAGGAGAUUGACUUAAAACGUCAAGAUGAUGAGCUCAUUGCAAAGCAAAAAGAAAUGGAAGCCUAUAAGAAUGCCCGGGAACUUCUGAUUUCUUUUGAAAAGGAGCAGUAUCAGGCUUUUGAUGGGCUUCCUGAGGACAAAGACAAAAACUUGUGGCCAGCUCCUUUUGCAGACAUGAGCUGGUUACUAGGUGAGAUCAAGCAGUUUGCCUUGGAGUCGAGUGAUUUGCUGAUCGAUGUGCUGUUGGAGGAUGGAUUUCUGGUUCCUACUGUUGAACAGCUGGAAACAUUGGGUUGUGACACUUCUGCCAGUUCCAGUCCCACUGAACCCAGACUCCCUCAAAAGUUCCUGAGGUUUUGGAUGCCCCUCCUGAAAAUGCUCAAUUCACCACCUUUUGUUCACCUCCUACUGGAGAAGCUUUUUGUUGAAUUGAAGCUGCUCACCAAAGAGCAGAAUAAUCACCGGGCUUUCUACCUUUCCGCUUGGAUUUCAGAAGUCAUCCUGUGUAACAGCAACAAAUUUGAAUACCAUUAUGAAACAAAGGGACAGAAAAAGGCCAGAAUGAAGGACAGGAUUUUUGUAAACCGCAUUCAGCUGAGGUGGCAGCAGCUGCUCUCAGCAUGCCUGGAUGCUCCCUGUAACAGCACACCUCACUUAGUCCAGUUAAUCCUGGAUGACAUGGAGCAUCCUCUCCCUCUGGAAACAAGACAGAGGCUCCUCCAGCUUUGCUCCAUCUACACACAGAACACACAUUCAAACUUUGAUCCCUCUCCAGAGCAGAAACAACAGCCCAUAUACACACUGGAGAGUUUGCAUGAGAAGCUGCAACAUUCACGGCGCCACAGCCAUCCUUGGCAUUCAAGGGCUGACACGGAGAGGAGCGAGUCCUCGCAGGAGUACAAUUGGUCAGAUGUUCAGGCUGAAAAAGCAAAGUUGCUCAGAGGUUCUCCGUGGCAGGUGUGUGUUGAUAAAGUUUUGUGGAAGAACUAUCCUCUUGGUAAAGUCCCUGGACAGUCAGAUGACCCUUCUUGCCUCAUGGUGGAAAACUACUCCAGUAUGACUGUCUUUGAUCAGCCAGUGGAGCUGGAGAGCAACACAGCACACAGCGUUCCAGGAGUCUCUGCACCAAUGAGAACAGCUGAUGGCCUUUGGAACCAUAGUGAUGUUAACAAGCUGAAAUCUGGACUGCAACUUUUUUGAGUCAAAUUGUAAUAUUGUAACAUAAAAGACUUGUGCGCUCUGUUGUUUUGACACUUGGGAAACAGUAAUGUUCAAAACAUUUUAACUUAAAUACUGAAGUUUGUUGUGUGACAAAGCAAGUAUGUAAAGUAAGUUGAUUAACUGGUUUAUCUGAGCAACAUAAAAAUCAUUUAUCAGGCAAGAAUGCCAAACAUUCACUUUUUCCAGAUUCCUCUUUCUCUGUUAUAUCAUAAUUUACUGCUAAUUUUCUCAAUUAAUAGCCAGAAAUGUUAGUUAUAAUUUAUUAGAGCAAAAAGUGACAUCUUCAGUUUUUUUUUUUUUUUUCAGACCAACAGUCCACAGACUGAAAAGUUUUUUCACGUCUGUCCACGUUUUAGGCCUGAAAGAUUCAGCAGUGAAUACAUUUUUUUUUUAAAUCAGCAGAUUUAUUGCUAUUGAAAAUAGCUGUUAGUUGCAGUCCUAAUGUAAAGCAUUUGUAAAAGCCUUUUCAGGUUGUAUACUGUGUCUACAAUAUUUUCAAUAUGUGUCUAUGACAAAAGUGGAACUAGCGCAAACAUUUAACACAUCCUAUGGAGCAUCAUAUACUGCACAUUGCAAGGCAUAUGAUAAAUUCACCAUUUUGAUGUACAGUAAUUUUUUUUUUCUCUCACACCUGCCAUGCAAGUUAAUUUGUUCUAUUAAUACAGUUGAUGGUCCCUACAAAGGGUUUUGGAGUAGGUAUCAAACCUGGGGAAAGGGGAUAUUUUGCUGAUUUUGUGAGAUGCUUCUUAUUUUGUGCACUUGUAUUCAAUAAAAACUUUCCUCUACUGAA